GUGACCUCUUCAUCGCAAGACCAUUUGUCUGGAAAACAUGGCCAACUGAAGGGGGAUAUCCACUAACUAUACAGAGGUCUUUCAUCAAAGAUCUGUCCUGAAAAUUGCCUUCCAUAAAGGGCAAAUUUAUACAAGCCGUUCUGGCUUUUUUACGGUAAGUGUUUCAUUUGAUAUAAGAAAGCAGUGAACAUUCUUCGUCGAUGCAUUCGUCGCUCCAAGUGAAGGGCGAACGUCGAAUGUUUAUUACCCUCGCAUCGAAUUAUUGCUGACCCCUCUCGUUUUUCCCUGCGGCUAUUUUCAUUAAUAAUAGUGUUAUACUUAAAAUAAUUUGUAAUAAAGUAACAAAAUGAUGGAUGUUUCUAAAUUUGUGAUUUGGUUAAGCUGUAUCAUUUGAAAGGGCCAUCUCUGUUAUGUUUUUUUUUGUGGGUAAGUGUACGGAUACGAGUUCUUCCCGUCCGAAAGGCGUUGUCGGGCAUGAGAGUCGUGGCGGCGCGACUUGUUUGUUGUGAAUUUUUAGUUAUUGAUUCUUCCAUGAUAUCAUUGUGUCUUGUUGGUAAAUGUUGUUAACGUUGCCAAUUUUUAAGAACCGAAAGUCUGUCUUUAUGACAACGUUUAUUAUUUCUCAAAUCUAAUCAAACUGUUGCGUCAGUGCUUCGGUUCCACGCACUGCACCGUGGCCGCCAUGUUGACAAUAUGGCGGCUUCCGUAUUAUCAAGUCUAUAUAUAGGAGAUGAUAGCGUUUGUAUUAAAAUACAACGUAAUUAAUCAAUUAGCUAAACAAGUAUGCCAUUUAUAUUAUCAUUCAUGACAUCUGUUUAUUUAACAAAAACGAUAGAAAUCCAGAUUGGGUCUAGGGAUCAAGGAUAAUUUUAUGUAAAUGAGUUGCAAAGUUUGCUGCAGCAGUUGAACUGAAGAAUGUCUCUACUUUGGAAUUAUCCAGUCAUUUCUUACUCUUACAGUACAGUACAGUCUUGGCAAUUCUUGAGUUGGUCUCUUGGAAGAACCUUUACUGUGCAACUGUCAAGUAGGCCUACUGUGGUUGUAGUUAAUCUGAUUUGAGGCUGGUUCUAGUGGCCUUAGUAGGGACAAAAUAUGAGUUGACUAGACUAAGUAGUGAGUAUAGGUUAAGGACUGUUGAUGGCAAAACCUAAUUUAUGGACAGCUACUUGGGCCUAUCACUUUUAAUUAGUUGUACAAACAGUGCUUUUAUAGUGAGGUGGAAUUUAGUUAAUAUGAAUGUUUGUAUUCAAGUCCUUUAUUAUUAGGCCUAUUUGUAUGAUUAAGUUUAGUGUGAAAACUAGUAGUACUACUUCUACAACUGAGUUCGCUAUUCCACCUUGUACGCUAGCCUGUAGGUCUAUUAGUUUUAGACAUUAUUGGUGUAAUAUUUGGACUGUAGGUCUAGAAACUGGCAAAGGGGUUUUCAUUUAUGAAAAAUUGUUUACAGUUUGGCAUACAUACUAUUUAUUAUUUAUGCUUUUGUAAGCAUUAGUUCUUUCUGUGUAUAUUAUUAUUAAUCAUUGUUUCUGUGAGAUCAUAUUCAUCUUGGUGUUAUGUUAAUGAUACUGGUUAUUUUACUUUCUUUUUUAAGUUGACAUAAAGAGUUUCUGGAAAAAUGAUCUACUUUAGUUGGCCCAAUUUAUCCCUGAACUCAAUUCCUUGCCAUUUGUCCAGUUAGGCCUUAUAGUGUUAAUCAUAUUGUAAUGUGUUGUCUGCUUACUUUUAUCUCAUGGAUCUCAGUUUUAGCUUUUCGUAUUUAAGUUAUAUAAAAUGGAAAUCAACUGUCAUUAAAUGUUACGUUUUAUCAUCAUAAAAUAAGCUUAAAAUUUCCAGAUCUAUUGAUCAUUGUUUUUUCUUUUGAUUUCUUAAUCACUGCAUUGGAAAUUUAGCUAAUUCAAUGGUAUUUAUUUGAGAUUCUUCAAUGAAAUUAAAAACUAAAUGCAAUAAGACAAAAUUGAUGAAUUUUCUUAGCACUGUAAAAUUAUGUAGGCAAUGCCUGCUCACAAUUAACAUUGUAACUAUGUUUGUUGUGUAAAACAAUAAAUAUCAGGGACAAUGAUAAUUGUACCUAUUGUUUUGAUGCUCUUUUGAGGGCAGGUGUUAAUUAGUGGAGACAGUUACAGUAGACCCAUUUCCCAAACACUUGUUGGUCUUCAUGUACUUAUAGCCUUUCCAGGUGAGAUGAGAAAGAAUAUUGAUAAUCAUUUUGAAUUUUGAUUCAUAUGUCCUGUGACAGUUUUCAAUUAGAAAAAAAUUAUUCUAGGGCAAUGGUUCUUAACAUUCUUAAUGCUGCGCCCCUUUAAUACAGUUACUCGUGUUGUGUUGACCUCAACCAUAAAAUUAUUUUCAUUGCUAUGUCAUGAGUAUGUGUACACCUUAGCGACCCCUGUAUAAGCGUCGUUCAACCUUAAAAGGGGUCAUGACCCACAAGUUGAGAACCGCUGUUCUAGGGUGUUAUGGCAGCUCAGUUUUUAUUUUUAAAAAUAAGAGAAUAAUAAAAUGAUACUUAAUCUAUAUUUACAUGUGCAAGAGAAAUUUGGAAUAUAGAAAGUUUGUAAUUAAUUUAAUAUUAAUAUGGUUGCCUUUUGGUGGAGCUUCAGUUCCACACAAAAAAAAGUCACUGCCUUGACUGGUCCUUAAACCUGUAUUCUAUUCUCCUGUCAUCAUUAUAUUGUUAUUUAUAUGUAUAUUAUAUCUGAUAAAUUUGUGCUAAACCAAGAAGUCAGCUAGUAUUUUAAACAUUUAAAAAAGUUCCAAACAUUAGAUAAUGAAAAAUUGUUUCAACAGUGAUCCUGAAUUAUGACAAUCCAUUUAUACCAACAGGUGAUCCUCACAUGCUGCAGUGGGGAUACUGGCAAAGUCCUCCAUAACACUAACCACCUUAAAUGAACAUGAUGACACAGGACAGAGCGACAGGGCAACCAAUGGCAGUGAGUUGAUUUUUUCUACAUUUCGAUUUUGUUAAAAUGUUUGAAAAAAAAUUCUUUAAAAAACAAUUCACAAUAUGAAUCAUGAAUUCUGAGGGCAUUGGGUAUCAAACUCAAACAUUAAUAUAGCUUUUUUUUUUUUUUUUUUAAUAUGAAGCAUUUCAUGGAAUUUAAAUAUAAUUUAUAAAUAAUUAACUUUAAAAAAGUGAUCAGAAGUUCUGAUUAGUUAUGCACACAUGAGAAUAUGUGUAUACAUUAACCUGUUCUUUCAGAUGUAGAUUUAUGAAAUAUUUUUGGGUAUCAAACUAAAACAUUAAUAUAUUUUUUUUUUUUUUUUUUAAUAUGAAGCAUUUCAUGGAAUUUAAAUAUAAUUUAUAAAUCAUUAACUUUAAAAAAGUGAUCAGAAGUUCUGAUUAGUUAUGCACACAUGAGCAAAUGUGUAUCCAUGAACCUGUUCUUCCAGAUGUAGAUUUCUGAAAUAUUUUUCUUGGCCUUUGGCUAUCCAGAAUCUUAAAAGCAACAAAAAAAUUGAGUUAAGUUUAAGGUGCAUUAAUUAAAUAUCAUACAACACAUCAAAAGUAAUUAUAAGUAGAUGAAAUAAAUUAAUAUAUUUUUAAAUCUUAUUUGAACACACCACUCCUAAAGAUUUUUAUGAAAGCAUUGUUGAGUAUCAUAACAUUUUAUAAAGAAAAAUAAUGUAUUUGUUUAAUUUAUUUUAAAAAUAUCUAUUUGUUAAUAUUUUUACUCGCAUACCGCACUGAAGAAUCAGCAUGUUAUAUUUGUAUCAAGUUAACUAUUUUUUUCAGUCUCUGUCUUGAUAACAAUUACCCCUAUGACAGGGUUUCCUAAGCACAACACCCCCCCCCCCCCCCCCCCCCCACCCACACACACAGGGCAUUUCAAGGGGUGCAAAAAAAAAGUGAUUGUAAAUAAUGCAUCUUAGGGGUGGUGGGAGGGUAUGGGCUUAAAAAGAAGUGCUCUACAUCAUUACCCACAUCAAAUGUAGGAUGAAACUUGAUUAAACAUUUCAAUUUCACACAUAUCCAUCCCUCUUUAAAAUUUAGAAAUAUGCUAUUUCUGUCUCUUGUAACAAUGUCAAUUUAUUGUUUUCAAUUACAAAAUGCAUCUUUACUUUUGUAACCGUAUGAGUCCUGGUCAAAUAAUCUUAAGAGUGUCGCAUAUAGAAUAAGUUGGGAAAUCCUGUCCUAUGGUUAUCUGUCAAUGUUUAAAGCUAAACAGCAGAGGUUGGCAAACGUAUGGUUUAGACAGUUUAGUAAAUGUUUUUUUUCCAAGCCAGUAACCUAAUUUUUGUUCUCUGAAGUGUCAUGUUAUUAUUUAGGCAAAUCUCCAAAUGUUAAAUGAUUUUUAUAUAGCACUCCAAAAGAAAAGAUUGCAUCUACCCUUGCACCUAUAUCUGUAUUCUUAACCAGUCCAUUAUUACAUAUCUGCCAACGCCUCCCGAUUUUGUCGGAAUUAUACAGAUUUUUUGCCCCUCAUUCCAACCUUCUGACAAACCCCUUCAAAUUCAGAUUUUUCUAACUUAAUAAUUUUUUCACCCAUCAUAAAAAUCCGAAAGCAAUAAAAAAAAAAAAAAAAAAAUCGGGUCCGACAGAAAGUGUUGCAUUUUUUUUUUUCUUCUGACAAACCCCUUCAAAAUCAGAUUUUUCUAACUUAAUAAUUUUUUCACCCAUCAUAAAAAUCCAAAAACAAAAAAAAAAAAAAAAAAAAAUCGGGUUCGACAGAAAGUGUUGCAUUUUUUUUUACGAAGUGUAUUCAUGUCCAGUGACCGAUGAAUAAGUUCUCGAGAUAUUCGUCAGGCUACUAUAUAUUUGAGCAAAUCAUAUGACCAUCGUAACAAAGAUGGGCAAGAUAUUUGUCAGUCAGCCUUGUCAUGUGACCGCUAAAUGUCGAUCAGAGUUUACAGUACUUCAUUUCAACAAAUUCAAGAUAGUCUGGACAUAUACAUGAAAAAGAAAUUUGUUUAAUUCUACAAAAGAAAUACUAAAACCAUUGCUGGUAUAUAAAUGAACAAUUGGUUAAAAAGUGACAAUAUUUUUUAUAAAGCGUGGCAUGCCCACCGGAUGAAUAUCACCCACACCAUUUGUCUGGUCACCUGACGUGUAGACACUGCCUUGUUUUUAUCGCAGCGAACCAGAGCCUCAUAAUCAUUCAGCAAUCAUCAAUUGAUCAAUCAGCUAAAAAAAAUCAUACUUUUUUCUUUUUUUUUUAAGUUAAAAAAAUUUUUAAAAAUAAUAAUUUUUUUUACAGUUUUUCAUAAUUAAAUGGUUAAAUCUCUUAAAAGUAGUGGGUACCAAUGUUCCCUUUAAGGUGCGCGGCCACACAGCAAUCUCACAGACGCGCGCAGCAGUUUUGAGUACCGCGCAGCUAAUUUCCACUUAAGUGUCUGUAGGCUGAAAAUUCUGCGCACAAAAAAAAUGAUGCUGUAAAAAUUUGCACACAACUUUAUGAUUUUGCACACGAACCAACAAACCUUAGAGGGAACAUUGGUGGGUACAAUGAUAUUAAUAAACAUAUUUAACACCCCCUCCCCAAAAAAAACAACAUGCAACUAAAAGUAAAAGUAAUCCAUGUCUAAUUGAAAAUUUCUUUGCUAACGAUCUAAUUACAAAAUUUCUUUGCUAAGGAAUCGGAUGAUCAGAUCGUUUUAUUGACCACCUUUCUUAUUGAAGGAAAUAUUUCUCUAGCCAACUCCGAUCGUUUUAAUGCCAGAGUCAAAGAAAUGUUUCCAGAAUCACAGAUUGAUAGAAGAUUGUAAAGAAAAUUACAAUGAAAAGAGGGCGAGCAUGAAAGUUGAUACUCUUUCUAACUUGCUUGUAACUAAAAUCAAUUGCAAUGCUAACCUUCAGUUGUUCAAAAAACUGUUGUACAAGUGCAAAAAGGCCACUAGGAACUAGGAAUAUGCUGGAAAACUGAACUCCCUGUGUACAUAUGUAAAAUAAAAUGGAUCGUCUGUCCUGUACCGUAUAUAUCUGUAUAUCAUAACUGUAUAUAAACAUUUCCAGUCAGUGGACUCUUCAAAGACAAUGGAGGUCACUUUAUAUAUCUUUCUUUACUAAAAAAAAUCGUGUGCAUUAGUUUAUAGAUCUUAACCCACCCCCUGCAUGCACCCCCUACAGAUUUUUUUCUUGGCAGGUUGGCAGGUCUGCUAUUACUUUUGUGUCCAAUGACACGUUACAAUUAUGAAUAUGUGUACAGUCUAUGAAUGACAUAAAGUAUUUUACAAAUUGAGAACUCUUGCUUCAUGUCGAGAUUGUAGUAGAUUUUCUCUCAAGACUCAAAAUGCAGAGUAGGUGGGGUUGUUUACACACCACUUUCUUUUAUAGUAUUCAGUCAUCAGACAGUUAUGAAUAUGAAAGUAUUGAUAAUUUUGACAUUCUUGAACACACACAUUCCCUGGUAGUGUUCUAAGAAACUAAGUAACAGCUGAAUUUUAUAUACCAUGUCUUCCUUAGAUACGAGGUACUGUAACGUUCUUGCCAUUGUUUUGCUAAUCCACCUUGCUUUGGUAUAUUUGUGUGCACAGUACAUUUGAAGAUAAUUGCCAGAAUCGAAUGAAGAAAGUUAUUUGAAGCUGUGUUUAUUUAAUUGAAUAAUUGCUUACUAGAGUACAUAUCUGGAGAUUUAUUAGCUCUUCUUUAUAUCGUAAUGUGUGUUCUUCAAAUUCCAAAAGCCUGUAAAUACCGUUUCCCGUAAAAUAAGAAAUGCUUCCACUUUUUUCAUCAUCAUCAUUGGCGUUACAGCAAAUGUAGGGUCCUGGCCUGCUCCAUCACACCCUUUCAUUUAGACAUACCCAUGUCUUUUCGUGUUCAUGCUGGGUCCUCCAGCUGAUUUAAGCCCUCUACAUUUUGAAUCCAUCUCAGUCUUGGGCGACCGGUGAGCUGUCUGCCUCUUGGUUUCUGUCUGUAGAUCACUUUCGUUGCUCUACGGUCCGUCAUCAUUUUAAGGUGCCCUGUCCAGCGCUGCCUGCCCCUGUUAAUGAUGUGACUAUAGAUGGGUCUUGGAACAAAUGAAAAAUCUCUUGGUUUGUAUGGAUUUAUCCAUCCAGCAUUAUCCAACAAUGGGCAGUAUAUUUUCCUGAGUGUUAUUCUCUCCCAUGUAUUGAACAGAUUCUCUGCAUUAUUUGGCGAGGAACCAUUUCCUUACAUUAUCACUGAUCUUAUAAAAGUGGCGAAUAAGGCCUUCUUUGUUUCUUGGGAGGUUUCCGGUUCCACAUUUUGAUUUUUAUAAUUAAUGAACUGUCCAAUUUAAAAAAAAAAAUAGUAGGACUCCCCAAGUCUAUGAGGCAUGAAUGGUGCUAACAUUUCUACAUUAAUUAAUCAUAGUUUAAAAGAUGAUAUGUUUUACUAGUUUUCUUCUCUCCACCCCCUUUCUUCUCCCAACCUUACAUACACAUACAUAUCGCCUUCAGGUGGCCAGUCUUAAAAAGGGGGGGGGGGCGAUAUCGUGUCCAAUCAAAUCAAUCCACCCAAUAGUCAUUGUCAUGUCCCUUUAUGACUUGGCCACGUCGUCCGACUGGUUGUGUUGGCUAUCUUCACAAUAGAUAACGCGUCGUUAAGUGUAGAGCGUCAAUGUAUGAGCUCUACAAGCAGGUGUCGAUUGAACGUAUUUUUUUUUUUUAAGGAAUGAUGUGUUGGUCUAACAUGUGUGUAUUGCCGAACGAUUCGGCAUGCGUGUCAAUUUAAAUAUUUAAAUUUAAUUGCUCAUACCUGAGUAGAUGUACUAAGUAAAAUGUCAUCUAGUCAACCAUUGAGUCAACACUAAGUCUCCGCUGAAGGCCAAAGUGAUCGAGUUUCAUGUUUAAUUAGUUAAUUCAUUGGGUGGGGAGGGGGCGCUGAUCGUUGACAGGUACUCUUUUCAUAAGUCUUGUGUGAGCACUUUUGCCUUGGAGAGUGGAACUUCUAUAUUUAAAAAAAAAAUUUUUUUUAGCAAUGUUUCCUCAUCUUUAGUGGGAACCCAUCUUGCAUUUGGGGCGGGACUGACAUUAAUAUAGCUAAGUGGAGUGUCUGUAUACCUGUGGAAUGUUUUUUUUUUUUUUUUUAAUGUUGUGAUGUGAUCCUAUUUAUAGAGAUGUGGUGUUGGGCUAUACAACCUAGUCCCGUCCUUUAACAGCCCAUAAUGUCCUUCCCCCACCACGCCCCCUCCCCUAACCACCCUUUUCCUGAAUGUUUUUUUUUUUUUUUAAUGUUGUGAUGUGAUCCUAUUUAUAGAGAUGUGGUGUUGGGCUAUACAACCUAGUCCCGUCCUUUAACAGCCCAUAAUGUCCUUACCCCACCACGCCCCAUCCCCUAACCACCCUUUUCCAAACAAGUCCCAUCCCCUAACCACCAGUAUCAGUCCACGUCCCACCCCCUACCACUUUUAUCCCACCACGCCCCAUACUCCACCAUCCUUACCCCACCAUGCUCUACCACCCCUAUCCCACCUGCCUAGCACAUCUUAUAUUAGUUCAUACAUUCCUCAUCCUGUACUAUAAAACUACCAAAGAGUCUCAGCAAGACCAGCUGCCGAUGCUCCCAAAAUUGUAUUUAAGCUGUCUUGUAACGGGUUCAAAACUGGUUGUUAGUCUGUUCCCUUUUUAACUACUAAUGUUUGAAUAAAUGUUCUCCUUUGGUGUUGGGCCACUUGUCCUAUAAGCCAUGGUUUAUGGACCAGACUUGACGCGCAUCUAGAACCGUUGUUUAGAUGCCACCCGGCACACGUGUUGUGAACAAUUGUACCUUGGGAAAAGUGCUCGCUCCUAGUGCUAAAAAUAGAUUUACCAUAGCGUGUUAUUGAUGCCUUGCGUUAUGUGCUCCACGCCAUUGUUUAUGGGGCGUAUGUCUCCUAUUUCCUAAGUAGUUAUUGAUGCAACCCAUCUUCGUGAUCAGGGGGAGUGGUCGGUAAUUAUUUUCCGACGCUGAAAUUUCUUUGGUGGGGGAGGCCAGGGACAUUGUCUGCACGGAAUUUUAACAUUACCAUUUCUAAUUAAUUGGCUUCAAAUAGCCUUGUGUGAGCAUAAAAAUAGUCUCCUACUAAUUGACUUAGGGAAUGUGCGCUGGUCAGUUACAUUCUUUGUUAGGGAGGCUCUAUUACUAAAUACUUUGUAAGGAAGAUUAUUUAAAUAGAGUGCUUUAUUCAAUAUAAAUUCGUGUUAACAGAAUGAAUGAUGCUUUUUAUGACUUUAUUGCAAUGUUGUUGGUAGGUGUGGGAGAUGGAAUCCUGCAAGAUGUAAUCAUCUUGAUUAUAUUACUUUUCUGUGCCACUGUAUGUUCGCAAACAAGACACGCAACCACGAGAAUAAGCGGUUUAGUGUUUCUUUGACUAAUGCUACAUAUUUCUAAUGAUUUGAAAGUAGAUCUCUUUUUCAUAUUAAAUUUAAAAGCAUCUGGAAUGGAUAUUUACGUUUACCCCGUCUAGGGGCAUAGGCAUUCUACAAGAAUUUUCCAUUCAUCUCGGUCCUGUGCUUUCCUUUCCAGUUGCUUCCAGGCAUAUCUCAUACAUUGAGUGACUGCCUCCAGCUUGCGUCUCCAUGAAAUUUCUGAUCUUCCUCCCUUCCCUUUGCCAUUUGUAUUCCAUGUUAGGGAUUGUCUGGUGAUGUUAUCUAGGGGUUUACGAAGUGUGUGCCUUAUCCACCUCCAGAUUUUCCUGAUGUUUUCUUUAGCAAAAGGCUAUUUGUAUGUCCUUACCAGUAAGUCUUUUUCGGCGAUGAUGUUCAGGAUCUUUCUAAGGCAAGUGUCUGUGAAAGUUUGUACUAUCUGUGUGAUGCUCGCUGUUCUCCAAGUUUCGACUCCAUAGAGUAGGACUGUUUAGACAUGUGUGUUGAAAAGUCUGACUUUGGUUUGCAGAGGCAGCUCCUUUGACUCCCAUAUUUGCAGCCCUCCACUUUUUCCUUGAUCGUCUCUUUCUUGCGUUUAUUUAUGAUGGUGGCUACAUCUUUUGUCUUUUCCUGCAUUGGUUGUGAGACAGAAGUGCAAUGUCAUUUGAAAAGUCUAGGUCAUUCAGUUGUGCCCAGGGAGUCCAUUGUAUCCCGUUCCUCUUUUUAGCUGUGAUUUCUUUCAUUGUACAGUUAAUGGCAAGUAUGAUUAGAAUUACUAGAAAGGGGGACAAGAGAAAUCCUUGUUUGACUCCUUUUUCCACUUUGAAAGCAUUCCUACAUGCGUAUACCACAUUGUAUCUAUAUCUGCUCCCAUCCCUCUGUUGUGAUGUUUUCCGGUCUAUAUGCUUUCCAAUUUUAAGCUGUUUGAUAGCCAUGGCUAUUUCUUCCUUAUUAGGGGCACUGUCAUCUAUUUGUGAAUCUUCCUUUGCUGGUCUUAUAUCUGGUGUGGCUGUGGGUGAAAGUCUGUUUGGUAAUUCCUCAAAGUGUUUUGCCUAUCUUCUUUGUUCUUUACGUUUCUUCAUUGAGCUACCCCCCUUGUAUUUAACCGGUCUAUCUGGUUUCUUGUAUCUUCCUGAGAGCUUUCUUUUUAUGUCAUAUAGAUGUUUUAUGUUUUAUUUUGAGUCUUGCCCGAACUAGCUGGUGAUCAGAUGCAACAUUUGUUCAUACAUCUUGUAGAUCUUCUGAUUUUUUUAAAUGUAUGAUCAAUUAAAUGUGUGAUCAAUUUGUUAUCUGUUCUGUUUUCAGGGGACACCCAAGUUAACUUGUGGAUAUUCUUAUGCUCUAUUUUCUUUCCCAAUCUUAGCGUUUAUGUCUCUACCUUGAACACGUUUAUGUCUCUACCUUGAACACGUUUAUGUCUCUACCUUGAACACGUUUCUAGUAUGACCUGUUGUCUAUUGUAGGAAGCUACUUUUUCAUCCUCCGUACCGUCGUUGGUGGGGGCGUAGCACGGUAUUACAUGUAUAUUUAUUGUCUUCUUGGUUCGGAAGGUUGCUGUAAUAAUUUUUGUACCACAUAAUUCCCACCCUUUCAAUGUCGCUUGUGCCAUCCAUGUCAUCAUGAACGCGACUCCUUUGUGUGUGUGUGUAGGGUGGGGGGAGGGGGGGAUUCCUCCUCAUGCCCUGAGUACACAAGUGUUUCUCCCGAGGCCAAUGUUAACUGUUCAGCUUCUAUCCAUCUUGUUUCACAAACGCCCAACAGGGUGAACUUGUAUGCUCUCAGAGCCUAUGCUUAUUGCCUUUGAAAAGAGGGGUCCACGCCUAAGAAGCUUCCGGCAUUACGUGGCUUUUCCGGCAUUACGUGGCUUUGGUUGCAAGGUUUCAUAACUCUUAAGAGCACUCUUAUUAUCACAGCUGAAAUUGUUACGGUUUUGUCUUCAUAUUGACGUUUCUGUCGCAAUUGUUUUUUGUUGGUUUUUUUUUACAUGUGAGGUAGAUGGGCCUUAAAGCAUACUAUUAUGAAAUGUCGUGUUCUUCAACUUGGGAAGACAACGUUUUUCAAUUGUGCGAUAUGCUCAGACAAGUGAAUGCUGCCUUACCCGGACUUCGUCACGACGUUUUGCUAAUAUCUUCACAGACUUUCAUAGAAAUAUUGCGUAUUUCUCUUGGUAACAUAGUUUGUCGGCUGUUACGAAGUUGUAAACGUUUGAACCUACAUUUCGUUACUUGCUUCGGUAGGAGCACUUGUUAGUCUCCUUCAAUCUGACCACCAAGGAUCACGUUUUCAGACGCUCAGCUUCUCAGUUCGUCGCCAAAAGAAAGCUGAUUGGUGAUCCAUCGAGCUAAAUUUCGCCUGCAACAUUUUCAACGUGUUUGAGAUUGUCACCUAUAUAGGGGUUGAGCCAUAUGGGGAGAAAAUGUUUGUAAAUUAAAAUCCAUCUCUACUUAAGUGCGCCAAAGUGCAUAUCUUUGCAAACACGUUAAUGGUAUAUUUUUAAGGGUAUUCGUUCUAAAUUUAAUAAAGUGGGUUAUCUUAAUACAAUGGCACAUCGUAAUGUUUUCUUGACAAUUUCCGUAAGUUCCUGUUUAAUCAGUCAGUGGUCGGCAACCUGCGGCUCUGGGGCUACGUGUUUGCCUUAGCGGGAUAGAUGCGACCUUUUAAAAAAAAAUAAUCGGCUCCCAUUAAAAAAAAUAAUUACAAGCGAUUUAUAUAAUGACUCAUCCCUUUAAAAAAAUGUUACUGACCCUUAAUUAGGUGGUAGUGUUAAUCUACAAAAGUCCGUUCAAACGAAAUGGUUCUGUUUAAUGCAGUUAAUUUCUUUUCAUAUAUUACUCGACGGAUCUUUACGAUAAUGACACACACCAGCCGCUGCAAGGGACAGAAGUCAGUUGGAUACUGUCCUUGCCUCUUUUAUGAGUUAUCUUUCGUGAGCCUCCAAUUUAUUAGAACUGCUUCAAAGCAUCGGCCAUUUUUUCGACUGUACUGGUGGUGAUGUCAGUAUAUGAAACAUCAUGAACUAGAUCUAUUUCUUUUAAAUUGUAUAAGAAAAAAAAACUUGAUCUUGCGUUGAAAUUAAAAUCAUUAUAGGGGCUAUCAAAUCUGAACUGAAGAACCGCACCAUCUCCCGACACAACCAACUCACCCACCUAGCUACCGUCAAACACUGACGACAGCAACAGAUCAAUAAAGUUAACAGGGGGGAGGGGGAGGGGGGGCGUAGAACCAGCCGCCCUUUCCGGCUUGUAUUGAUCGAAGGUUGCCUGUUGUGCAGAUUUCCGUUGCUAAAUCUCGAGUGCGGCCCUCCACAAGAUCUAAUCAUUAUGGGCUUACAUCUCAAGAAAAUAAUAGCAAAGGUGGACACUAACAGGGCAUCCAUUUGUUGGAUUAAGCAUCUCUCACGCCCCAUACGCUUGAACUCCUUUAAUGAUAAAGUUGCAUGGCUCCUCCUAGAGUUCUCGUCCUGUCCCAGCGGCUGUCACAAUUAACCAGAAUUGUUUGUGUUACUGCAUAACCAUUCCCCCCCCCCCCGUUAAAUAAUUGUUUUGGUUAUUGACAAACCCCUCCCCCCCCCCCCCCAUUAAAUAAAUAAUUAUCAAUCAUCGGUUUUAAUUGCUGUGGUUGGAAGGGGGUAUUCCAAUGUUUAUUCGAAUUCGGCUGUUCAUUUUAAAUCACAGUAGUAAGUUGUUUGCUUUAAAACUCAUUCGCCCUGGAUUUCGUUGUUUGUAUAAACCUACGAUACUAAUUUUGUCUCAUCAUUUUUCAAAUGGAAUCCAACCACAUUUUACCCUUGUUUCUGUCGUAUCAAGUUUAUUAUAAUGCCUUCAGAGUAGAUAAUGCCUUUGCGUUAGGGAUCCCAUUUUGAAUUUCGUAUAUAUACACAUUGUUUAAAAUAAUAUACGUGUAUUUUAUGUGGAUUCUCAUUGUGAGAUGACUCCUCUUUUAGCACUCAACGCUGGUCAUUUUUUUUAAUCGAAAUUUUUAAGACUCAUUAAUAUUGAUAACGAAACUGUAGAGAUCUGAUAGAGCGAUAAACCGGUUUGCUCGGCUGGUGUAUGUGUUGUAUUUCCAAACCUGCCUAGAGCCUUUAAGUAUUCAAGAUGUUCAUGUAAAGGCACAUAUUUUUUUUCCUUGGAUCAUUUGACUUGUCUAGGAAUGCUUCAUGCGAUUGAUAAAUGCGGCUUAAUUGCUUGUACUACAUCGCAAAAAUGCCAGGCCGUUGUAUAAGCCGGGGCUGGUCACGCCCGAGGGUGGUCCUUGGACGUGUGCGUACCACCUUAAAGACGAUCAUACAUUCUAUUUCUAUAUGUAAAGCUAUCUUAUUGAAUAUCUGAACAUUUAAUAGGUGCCUUGAUUCCAUGAAGCGGAAGAGGCUCCUCCCCGUCUUUUUGCUAACUCGUCGUCGUCCCCCCCCCCUUCCCCCUCUUCUUGCAUCUCUUCCUCUUAACUGACUUGACAUAUCCAAUAGAUACGUCAGCUUGGUGUCGUUGACACGCCCCCUUUUUUGCCUGGUCAACACUUGGAUGUUGGUGUGGUCGUCUUGUGUCUUAGCUAAAAAGAGAGAGAGGGAUGGGUGUCAUGUUCUAGUCACACAGUCUUUUACUGCUUAUACAUUAAGUGAUUCUUUUUAUUGUCAUCUAAGCUAGUUCUCUACUUUUCCGGGUUUGACCCACUUCACCUUUUAGUGUCAUCUAAGCUAGUUCCCUACUUUUCCGGUUGUUUGAAUCAGUUCACCUUGUAUUUGUCUCAGCAUUUACAUACAAGGCUUUAAUGACGUUUUCAUUAACAACUUCCCCCGCCCCCCCCCCCUUUUUUUUUCGUAGAAAAAGUUGUUAGAAUUUUAAAACCGUGGGGGUCGAAUUAACUUUAAUACAAGGAAGAAUUAACUUUAAUACAAGGAAAUUUAAUAAUUUUAUUUUCAUUGGGUAUGUUAUUUAUUUCGACCCCAAAUAAUAACACAUACCUUAUCUCAACUUAUCAUCUCAGCCAAUCGAAGGCGGCUUAUUGACAUCACGUGCAUAGGAGAUGUGGUUAACUAAGACGUAUCCUACAACAAGCGGCUUUUCCCGUGAAAAGUCCAACACUGAAGAACCUUCUGAAUGAUCCAGUGGAAAUAAUUUUAUAAAGUGGAUUGUACAGUUUUAGACUGAUGUCAUGGUGUAACGGGAUUUGUAAAAAUGAAUAAAUAAAAAAAAUGGUCAGAUACGAUAUAUAUUUUUUUAAAAUAUGAAUAAGUCUGUAAUCCCCAUAUUUCCAGGAACAUCGGGGUGAUACAGACGCGGCAUCGAUACCUCGCAUGUCAGCUUUGGGCUGGCCAGACGCAACAAGGCUGUGUGGCAGUUUUUCGCGCCUCCUCUCCAUAGCCCCCCACCCCUCUUGAAAAAAAAAAUCCACUAUCAUCUGUUUUCUUCUCUGCUCUCUUCUUUCGCUCUCGCGCUUUGUGCCGAGAGCUGCUUUUCGGGGAGAGACUGUUCGCUAGGUGACGUUAUAUUGUUGGCACAAACUAGCACAUGUUGAAAGUAGGUGGAGAUGGUUGACGUCAGGAUAACCACGACCCCUCCCCUGCUUUCAUCUUGGCCCCAAUGAUGGCCACUGUGAACACGUCUUCAAGAUCUCAUUUUGCUUCAUUUUAAAGACGUUCGAUUGAAUUCUUGAGCUAUUUUAUUUGAGAUUAGUGGCAGUGACGUGGGCGUUCUUUUUGGACUUUCUUUCACUGUUUGUGAAACAAGGCCCUGAAUCUACUACACUUGACUUUUGUUUGUUUGUUGUAAAUUAUGUAAUAUUACUGUUACAUCUUUGUGUGUAUUUUGUUGUUGUUGUUAUUUUUCAAACUAAGCAAUGGAUUUACACGUAGGCUUGUUCCGAGUGCGUUUGUUUUUAUACAUCUACCAGGACAUUCGGUAUUUUAGAAGAUAAAAACAAUCUGCUUCAUAAAGGAUCUUCUGUUCUGGGAUGGAUAUUUCGAUCGGAUAUCUCAAGACGCAGUUUCAAUUCUAUGUUGUCCUCUGGCUGUAGCGCUGCUGGACUGACCACACACAUGACCGCAUAGCCCCCAACCGUGUGCUUCAUUCAAUGCGACUUUGUUUACCCGGCGUUGCAGUUGUGUCCUCGUGUCGCAGUCUCGCCCCCCCCCCCAAACCUCAAAUCCUGGCAGACGUACGUCCUGGCAGCUCAUCUACUGGAACUUGUAUCUUCGGUGUUAUUAUCAACAGUGAUGUAGUUGCUGCUCAGCCAUUCGGCGUCUUAUUGAUUAAUUCUCACUUUUAGCAAUUCCAUAUAAAUUGUCCCUGGGCUGCAUCUCCUGUAACUACCCCCCACACACACACUCCCGCCCCCCCUUCUUUCCUCCCCCCUCCUUUUUUUUCCUUUUCCCAUUCUCUGAUUUGAUGAUUGUUAAGGAUGAAUUAUAGAUGGCCCGGAUUCAGGCAUGUUGAAUAAUGACGAUGUUAAGCAAUCUCUAGUCACUGCUUUCGGGGGGGGGGGGCGGGAUUUGGUAAAGCAAUUAUGUGAAUGGCGCGAUUAUUUGUUGUUGUUUUUUUCUUAAAUUUUGUUGUGUUAAUUAUUAAGGAUGAAUUAUAGAUGGCCCGGAUUCAGGCAUGUUGAAUAAUGACGAUGUUAAGCAAUCUCUAGUCACUGCUUUCGGGGGGGGGGGCGGGAUUUGGUAAAGCAAUUAUGUGAAUGGCGCGAUUAUUUGUUGUUGUUUUUUUCUUAAAUUUUGUUGUGUUAAUUAUGCUAAUGACGUUCGUAGGUCUGUAAUCUCACAGGUUUGAAGUGUGACUUAUUGGAAAGUAUUGUAACGCUUUAUACUUAAAGCAUAUGUUUUAUACUUAAAGCAUUUGUUCUAUACGUAAAGCAUAUGUUUUAUAAAUCGCCGCAAAGAUUCGCGCUUAGGAAGCUGGAAGUAUUCUCUUUAUGUUCAUUGGUUUUAUGGCAUUAGGAAGAUUAUAUUCUACAGAACCUACCUAAAAAAAUAUCACUAUUAACCUUUCAUCUGAUAUUUUGAUUUUGGGUAAUUAUUACAAGGCGUGUUUGUGCCAUGUGGGCUUCGGGUGCACAGAGACCGUUGAACUUGAUAGUUGGCACUAUAAAGAAAUCGAUAAAGUGACCCUAUGACUAUGAAAUAGCCCCGUGUCCGAGUGUGCAUAAACGCGCGAUGAAAAGCCCGGAGCGACACGAGAAAUUUAUGGGGGAAUGUUAAUGUUGGCCGAGAGCAACCAGGAACCAGUAGGAAGUCAAGUCACGAUUUACUUUGAAAGAGUCAGGUUUUCGGUUAAAUUUGGCCCGCCUUGUCAGAUCUCAGGCUGUCACGUUGCGUAAGGGACGCUGUCAUGAAAUGUGAAGUGGCUACCCUAUGAGCUAUGUUGCCUGUGUUGGCUUGGAAGAAUCUCGCCCAAUUUGCAUUUGACUUGGCAUUGUAAUCUGCGGGGCGUUGAAACGUAGUUUUUGUGUGAACUCUCCAGUCAUACUUUAGUGGGGAAAUGCUGUUCAAUAUUGUCGAUCGCACGUUAUCUUUGAUCUCAAUGUGUCGGAACAAUUUGUUAUUUUAUUGAUAACAUCCCAUAGCAAGUAAAUGGUUUGUAAUAGGGAGGCCUCUUUAAAAUUCUUCCAGAUUGUAAGGAGUAGAAUUCUGUCGAGGUCGUGAUUACAAUUUCUAAAUACCACCCCCAAAACCCUGUUCAGACAUUUAUUUCAUUCGUGAAAAUGAAAAUCCAAGUUUCGAGGGUCAGUUUAGAUACACAAACUCGGCGGAGAACUUGGAUUGAAGCAUAACAGUUGACAUCUAUUUCUUUGCUUCUCUUGUGGCUUGACCUUGUCUGUAGUAUUUGCUCACUGUGGUGUAGCAUGGCACAUCACCCACCACCCGGGGAGGGGGAAAAAGUGUGUGAGGAGGGGGGGGGGUGUAUUGGUUCGUUCUGUACAUUGUCAACAAGUUAAAACAAUCUUCACGAUGUGCCCACGUUGCGUUGUAGGCAUGGGCCAAACAGUGGAAAUGUCUCAGAUCUUUGUCUGGGUUAGUUGGGCAGUUUGCACAAGUGUCCCUCGUUAAAAUCUCAUUUUUGGAAUGUCGUUUUCAUGCCUUGUCGAGACCCUAAGCAAAAAGAGCAAUAGAUAUAUUUAUUCGCUAUUGAAAAAAAAAAAAUAAUACUUAAACUUUAACGAAGUUCAUAAUUUAAAUAAGAUUUUGAUAUAUAUCUAUGUUUCAUAUUUAAAUCUGUGCUAAAUAAUAUAAGCCCCAUGUGUAUGUUUCGGACUGGCUAUCUAUACAAAAUUGUUUGUAUAUUUAGUUUCCAAACCCCAUAGUAUUUUACUACGCUACUAGAUCUGGUCGUUCCUUUAAGGCAGGAUUAAAUGGUUGGUGUACUUAAAUGUUUAUGAAUUGUGCUGUGGCGGCACCGCUCACAGACACAACGCUCUUUUGGCCGGACUGCGUUGUGGCAUGGCAGGCAUGUCGAUCUCCCGUUCUCGUCAACACCAAUACAAAUUAACUAGGGAAAUGUGGCUUAUCAACGUGUGUUACCCCGACGGUUGUACACAGUCCUCUUUUCUGAACUUCGCCCGGUACUGUUUAUUAAAUUACCCUCACCGGCCAAACUUGGAACAUCACAAUGGAAAUCAAUACAGUCUCCUGCGUUGGGAAUGUUUGAACCGAAACUUGGUUGGAAUUCAGCUAAACCGAUUAGUUUCCCCCUUUUGAAGUGGUCAUUACAGUGAAGUUUUAAAAAGAAUCGAAAUCGAGCAAACCCUAAAAACAAAGUUUUUCAUAUAAAUCCUGUGCAACAGGUAAUAUCGAGCAAAGUUUAAUGACCCACUUGCUUAUACUCAGCAGAUUUAUUUCACCAACUAUUUCAGAAAAACAAGAAACAAUUGCUCACCAAACGCACGUGCUAUAUUUUUUUUUUUAAUAUAAAGAAUCUCAUUUAGCGCAGUUAUCGGGAAUUUUAUAUCGUGAAAUCGGUGUUAUCAUAUUUCCUUCAUCCUCCCAUUGAAAAACAGGAAAAACUGAUUGUUGGGGGGUGAGGCUGAAAAUUUGAUAUAAUGUGUUUGUCAUCGGUAAUGAGUCUGUGCCAAGGUUUGGCUCGAUAUGUUGACGGGAGUGGGUCAGUUAGCUGUCCGAAGAUUUUUGCCAGCCACGAAUAAAAGCGAAGUUAAUAUAUUUAUGAAGCAUUUUUAAAAGCUUCAUAAAUUUUCACAUAUUUGAACACUUCCAAUACGAAAUGAAAUCACCGUGUUUCGAUCGAUUGAUACAAAUGUAUGGACACGCUCAUGGUUUACACUAUCGGCUAAAUAAAUCGAAUCAUGAGCAGUUCCCCAAACGUAAUCUCUGCUAAAUAUUUCAGAUUUCCUUUAUAUAUUUAUUUAUAUGUUGACGGAAGCGUGUAGUCGCAGGAUAAUUAAUCGGGUCGUCUCCAAGCCAUAGUCUUUCUGGCUCUUCUAUUUUUAAAAAAAAAAUCUAGCAGCGUACUAUUGGGAGGGGGGGGGUUAUUAUAAUAGUCCUUUUAUCUUAAUAAGCUGAGAUAUGGGGGGUGGGGGGGGUCGCUUUUCGGUUGUUUGCUAAUUUAACCGCAGCUUCACGCUAGCCCCUUUUCAUAUAAAAAAAUAAAUUGUGUAACUUUAGAACCGCUGACUUUAAUUUGUUUCCGUCAGUUCGGUGACGCCGAAACUCAACUGGCUGAACAGUUGUUUGAGCCUAACGCCAGGGCGUGUGUCGCCCGUGUACGCCCGUGUUCAUUUCCCGAGCAAACCUAUCAACCAGCGCUCCUGCCCCCCGCCCCCGGGGGGCUCUCGAGCAAUCCAUUGAUUUGGCUGCUGGAAAAGAUUGUCAUGUUAUAUGAAGGCAGUCUUGACUGUUUGACAUUACAGGUUAACAGCUCACUGCUAUCGAUAACCAUGGCGGCAGCAACCAACGGUAUAUAGUGUAGCAAACCGCAAGAUUGGGGAUUGUUCAAGAUUUCUUGAUCAGCUCUCUACAAGUAUAUCAACCAUCCGUCCCCCCCUCUAUACUUAAAGAUGGGGAAACCGAAGUACAAUGCAAGUUUUGAUAUCGCCAUCGGCCAGUUGCAAAAUAUAAUUACGUAACUUCCCACGAUGUCAGCAGUUAUCCUUUUUCAUAAUAGUAGUCGGUGUCAUAUUUAAGCCUGUCUUUGUUUUUUAAUGCAUCAAUGCGACAUUCCAAGUGCAUACUUACUUCAGCGGCCUUCUCAUAGCAUCUGUUAUUUACAAUAUCUUUUUAUCCGUCACGUUCCCCUUCUGACCCACCCCCUUAAUUCUCCUAAUCUCCACAGCAUAAGUAAGACGUAAAAACAAAACAAAAAGAACAAAAAAGUUUUUAGGAUUUUAUUUUAAAUGAAGAUCAACAUUAUGUUUGGUAUGGUAGUUUAUUUUGGGGACCUCAAGAUUAACGUGGAGUUCAUGUGAAACGUCUAUAGCCCGAUAAAAAGAACCCACACAAUUACAUUAGGUCUCUUAUAUUACCGGUAGUAAAAAUAGACACCACUCGCUUCUUUAAGUCUAAACCCGAGUGACUAUCACACGACCUGGGUCCAGCAUAGGCACUUAAUGUAUAAACCCUUAUUACAUUUACUGCUAUAACCUCUUAGUGGUUUACAGCUGGGGUGCAAUUUUAACUAGAGCUUAAGAAUUUAAUUUAGAAAUAUAAGAUGUUUCUCUUAAUUAUAAUAAUGCUUUAUUAUUAAUCUCUAUAAGUUGUAUGUCGUGUUGUUAUUUCGGCUGGCCGUGCGUCUAAAAUUAAGUAGGUAAUUUACACAACUGAAGCCUGCCACGGCACCGGCUUAUGGCUGAAAAUCCUUCCUUUUAGCCAGUGACAUUGAUACACCUCACAUUAACCAAACCGUCUCCUCGGUUUCUCCAGCUUAAACAAGUGCGAUUAUGGCUUAGACCAGAGAUUGGUUGGGGGGUGGGGUGGUCUACCGGAACUUUGCAUAAUAAUCAUUUCACCUUAAAUUUCCGUAGAAAAAAACAUCUUAGCUUGUGCGUGGCGAUGUUUAACUUGGUCCCUAAAGGUGUGCCAUGUUGCUUUCCACAGUGAUGUAUACUUAAGAAAUAUGCCAAUCCAACCGCUAUUACAAUGCUUAAACGCAAGUUUUAUUAAAUUAAACCUUUAAAAAAAAAAAAAGCUUGAUAGAUAUUUAGGCCAGUUGCCUAUACCCCUGAAAGGAAAUCCGAUGUUAUCUUUGGUGCUUGUAAUGAUUUAUUUUACUCAAGGAAAGCCCUCACUAACACCAGAAUGCACAUGUGUAUACACAGAUAUGAGAAUAUGGGGGGGGGGGUCUUUUUUGUUGAUGUUGGUGAUACUUAAACCCACUUAGUAUGUUUGUUGUUUCUUUUUUGGCUCUUUAUCUCGCACUUUGAACAGCCCAUAAAAUUGUGUUAUGACAACCGAGCCAUUGGCCUGUUAUUGACCAUUGUGUUCGUGCCGCCUGUGAAACCAACAAAGAAACGGUACCACACGUGUGAAAGGAUGAGGUUCUUUACAAGAGUGAACCAGAAACGUUUAAAAAAGUGUUGAAACGUUCAGUGCUGUGACAUACCUUUGGAUUUAUAUGACUUGAGUUACAUCACAAGCAGCGGGCGGGCUUUGCGUUCCCAGGACGUGGACACACUGACACUGGAAUCACGUGGUCUCCCAAGCUGGACCAGCAGUCCUCCUGUGAGGAGGAGUUGUAUGCGUCCAAUGGCGAGUUCCUGGGGCCGUUAAGUGUGUUUGGCAGUCUGCACAUGGUCCCUGGAGACAUCUACUACUAUGCAGCGAACUCUAGCGUCUUGUGUGUACAGCGGGACGAGCUCGGCAAAUUUGUGGGAAAGGUAGUAUAGAGGUCUGCUGUACCCUGUUUGUCACUCAUAGCUGUAUGUGGUAAAUGUAUGUGCUCAGUACCUGCUUAGUGCUCAACGGAAGUCUACUUUGAGCGAUCUUUCCAUUUUAUAUUUAGAUGGGGGGGGGGGGGUUGAUAUGAUUUGAGGGGUUCAGAAUUUCUUAUUCAAUGUAAUUUUGUAUUGUUACACAUUUAGUGCGACACUCUUCGUUUGAUAGCCUCCAUUUCAUUAGUGACCAAAUUUCCGUUGAGGAAUAGGCAUUCACCACCACUCAUUACAUCGCCUUUUCCAUUUACCAUAAAUAUGGGGUUAAAAUAAUGGAUUACGAGUGAUAACAGUUUUCAUUUGAUUUGACUAUGUAGACAAAGAACUAGGGCCUGGCCAACCUCUCCUCUUCCACUACUCACCCCAUGUCUCCGGGACUAUUAAAGAGAGUAGGAUCAGUUUAUGGUAGUACUUUGAUUGCGUCACUCCGCCCGUUGGUCUUAGGGUGGGGGUAUCGAUCCAGUGUUCGACUGGUUAUAGCGGAGCUCGCAAUUGAUUUUUGUCUAUCUUUCUUCUAAAGCGCGAUGUGACCCCCGUGGCCUCCUUUAUCUGUCGUGUAUUAUCUGGUGAUAGCUUCUCCACUUGUCAGUUGGUAGAAUAGCAGAUAAAAGCACUGUGCCGGGCAUACGGUUCUAUGUAAAAUAACAUAAAAGCACCGUGUCAUGUAUACAAUUCUAAAUACAAAUUCUGUUGGUGGCUAUUGCUUAGUUGGCUUAUAUCGCAAUACGUUUUCACGUGAAGGGACAUCCGCUAAUCAGUUUUGAAAGAAUUUCACGUCAUUUAAAAGAUUUCUCAUCAGUUGACUCGAUCAUCAAGUCAAAUGUCUUGAAUUAAAUUGUUGUUACCUGUCUAAAGUUUAUAAUUCUUAGAAGCCACCGUUCGUUGAGUUAAACGAACAUUUUUUUAAAAUCUACCAGCCUACAAUGGGAGAUGCUUAGGCUCUAGGGCAAAAGUUCAUAUGAGCGGUUAACUUACUGGAUCUGCUCUCUGACUACCGAGCUUCUUCAACAUGGCUAAAUUCAACACAGUUUGGACAGCUCCGCCACGUCAUUUCCGACCUUGACAUUGGAUUAGAAUUAGAUGUCCUCUUAAACACCCCCUAGUUAUCCUGGUCCUAGAGUUAUCUAUGUCCCUUAGGUCAUUUGUCCCAUUUUACUUAAAAGCCGCCCCCCCCCCCAAAAAAAAAUUAUAAUAUUUUUUACCCCUUUGUUUACAAGUCAACGAACGUGGCUGCGUCCUCUUUGUCCCCUUUUUACUAAAAGCCCCCCCCCCCCCCAAAAAAAAAUUAUAAUAUUUUUUACCCCUUUGUUUACAAGUCAACGAACGUGGCGGGGUCCUCUGGGCCGGUCGGGGGGGGGGGGGCUUGGGCGAAUUGAAUUUUGCGGGGGCCGUUGACGCUAUUUAUCUCCAGCCAGGACGUAGGAGGGUGCGGUUCCGGUGGCACUUUUCCCCAUUUAAAUGGAUAUUUUUGCGUCUGUGGUUACGCAGAGUUUUCUCGGGAGGGGGGGGGGGAUAUAAACGCUUGGCCCGCCUCUGGUGGCACUAACCUUUACCCCGAACUGAACCCGGUCGCGAUAGAGGUAUUAAGAUAUGCCACAGUCAUAUGAUUGUCAGAUAACAAAAAAAAAAUUCUGUCAAAUUUCAAUUGCCCUGAGCCAAAAAGCGGCUGGGUUGUUGCUAUUUCCGUGGUUUCAAGAACGAAUUCUGACAGAAAAACGCCCAUUUAAAUGAACUAUACUCUCUCAAAUGGACUGUAUAUUGUGUUUAAAAAAACAAGAGAUAAUUUUUAGAUGAAGAUCAGGCGGAUAAUUAAACAGAAAAAUUGAAUUCUCUUGUAGCAACCUUUAGGUAAAAUCACAGAUGAAAUGCAACUACAGGAUUGUAAUCUUCAGGCUAAAAGCGAUUUCAAAAAAUGAAAAGUAAAAAUACGCAUUAAGGCUUUGAGCAAAAAAUCACCUUCCUUACUUUCUUUGUGGCAAACACCUCAAUGAGUUCUUCAUAGUUAAGGGUGAUAAAAAUGUCUUAUUCAGCUGACAAUGUUGCCAGGCAAUUCAAUCAAACCUGAGACAUUGAUGAUCUCAAGUAAGUGUAGGUUACCGCUGCCUAUGGCUGCUUUCUUUAAAUACUGAUUCGAUGUUCGUGACUGAUGCUUUCUAUGCUGUGGUCUUUGUGGAUCAAAAUUCUUCUUCUCCAUAUUUGAUGAAGACGUUGGACAUGUGUAAUGGUUAAACCAGCUUUCAUAGUCCAUGUCUGUAAGAUUAUCAUGUACCACUGAAUAUUGUGUUGACUGGAAAUUAUCACUGUGAGUAGACACAGCUGGCUAUACUACACAGCUAUACUUAUAAUAUAAAAUAUCAGGGCUGCAGACGGAGCCCACACAAAGCAUGGGCCUUAGGCAGUCGCCCCAUUUUCUACCCGCUAGUGCCGGCCCUGAUGUCCUUAAUUUGAUGACUUUAAUCAAAUUGUAUCAACACUAAAUAUUUUUUUUUUUUAAUCCUUUGAGAAAUCCGGACCUUUUUUAGGAUAGUUUAAGUCACAGCUGUUCCAAUAAACUAUUGGUUACUUGAUAGAUAAAAUUAAAUAGGGGCAUAGAAAUUUAGUGAUAUUUGGGAGUACUCAACAGUUGUCAGUAUUUGUUGACUGAAUAGAGCCAUAGCUCACCAUUACUGAUAAAUUAAUAUCUUUUUGGCUGUUUUCUCUCAUUGAAAUACAGAGUAUGGUUUAAAGCAAACAAAACCUGGCCUGCCCACUUCUGGAUAACACAGAUUGUGUGGGUGGUGCUAAAUUUAGCAUUCAUUGGGAUAAAAUGACAGUGGUAUUGGUGGAGCUUCUCUGGCAGCAACCUUAUAUCCUUUAUAACCCCCUUCCUUUAAAUGUCGAUUUUUUUUCUUCCAUUGAUAUUUAAUUGGAUUGUACUGUCACAUCUCUUGACACAUGGCAGUGAUUUAAUAAGAAAGUCUAUAAAUGCAGCAGGACUUGCUGAGUAGACAAUAUUUUCUGCCACUGUAUCUAUAUUCUAUUGUUUACUUAGUCACCUUGUAGUAAAUGAUGCUGAUCCCUUCAUUUUUUGAAUGUUUCAACAAAAUUGCUACAUUUUAUUUAAAUGUUCCCUUCACUUAUUAUUUUUGUACAUUUAAUUGAUGUCUUCAUUUGUCAUACCAUUGUACCUACCCUUUCCUGACAUUGCAAGUUAUUUUGGGGUUUUCAGUUAUAUAAACCCACAUCAAGGUCACCAGUCAUAAACAGCCUGUAUGACAUAGUGAAUUAUGUGAAUAUUUUCUGGUCAUAUUCCCCCCCACCCUUUGACAAUAAGUAAAAUACAUUUAAUUGAUAACAUACUAGUAAUAUUUCAUAAACUUAGUUCAUGACUCAUGCAUCUCCUUACCUUUCUUUAUGUUACUAAGGCUCCUGUUUUGAACAUACAAUCACAACCAGAAGUUAAUGUAGCACUUGUAAGUUUCUUUAUCAUUAAAUUUGUUUUGUUGACACUAAAUCUUUUUUUUUUUUUUUAAUGGUUUUGGAGUGUUCUACUUAUACCUAGAAGUUGUUACAGAAUUAACUUGUUUUUAUUGUUCAAUGUUUCUUUUUGUUUCACCCUUUAGAUAUUAUUUUGAUUUUUUAAAUAAUUUUUUUUAUUGUUGGUGUUUUUUGUAUUGUUCAUUUAUAUAUUUGUUAAUCAUUUCAAGCUGUUAAAGCUUUUUUUUUUAAUAAUGCUCCUAUAAAUUUAUAAAUUUAGAAGUUGAAACAUGAUAGCUUCUUUGAAUCUUUGAAAAAUUAUUGCACCCUUUAAAGUAUAUUUCUUUAACUUUUACCACAUUAUUUUUAUAAAAGGUUUUUUUUACCUGUUCUUUCUGGAGUCACAGUCCUAUUUUCAAACUACUUGUGGCACUAUUUUAAUUUCCUAAAUAAUUUUUCCCACAUCUGUCUGUUUACAGGCAUAUAUAUAUAUAUAUAUAUAUUUUGUGGCAAUAUUUUUAUUUUCUAUAUAAUUUUUCACAUAUUUUUGUUUUUAUAUAUAUAUAUAUAUAUAUAUAUAUAUAUAUAUAUAUAUAUAUAUAUAUUAAAAUUUAUUUUUUGUUUAUAUAAAAAAAAAAGAUUGUUGCUGUUUUUAGAAUGAAAAUGUCCUGAUUUCUAUUCCAAGUUAUUGAAUUAAUUGGGUUUUUUAAAAAAUAUUCGUGCACCCAUUUGAAAGCAAACUUGUGUUGCGUGCCUAGCAGUUUGAGAGGCACCUUUUUUCAACAUUUUCUAGUUUUUAUCUCAUACCUUGAUUUGAACUUUAAACAAAAACUGUUUAAAAUUAAACUCUUUCAUUUCAGGCUACAGAUCUGCCUUCCAACACAAAUCCUCCCUCUCCAACACUGUCUCCUCGGGCAGUAAGUAGAAAGAAGCUUCCCGUUCCCCCAAAUUUUAUAUUGUCGAUAUUAUUGUGAAAUAUGCUGAAAUAAGAGUUGGUUGUUGGCCUCUUUUUUCUUUUUCUUUUUUUUUUUUUUCAGAUCUGGACAUGACAACAUAAUAAGUGUAGCUAUCUAAGCUGACUUUGUUUUCAGCCUUGGAAUAAUUUUUUUUUUUUUUAAUUAUCUUUGUUUCAGACUCCUGCCUCACCUAGGAAUUUGAAUCCUGCAGCCCAGCCUUUCCGACAGUCUCAAGUAAGUAGUUUUCAUUGGAUAUCUGUACUUAAUAAAGGGAAGGAAAUGUUCUUUUUUGAGUAAAUAUUUAACAAAGUUUUAAAAUUCAGAUUUUGAAAACUUUAUAAAAGGUUAUUAGUAAUUAUUUUUUAAAAUUAUUUAUCUGGAAGUUGUGAUUUUGAAAAUAUCCAUUGAUCAAUGUAUAUUUCUUUUUUUUUCUUUUUUUAAUGCAUUAUUUGAAUGUUGGCUGCACAAUUUUAUUUCUUAACAACCAAUAUACCCGGCAUGGCCCUGGAUUGCAUUCAGAAAAUAUAUUUUUACUGCAGUUUCUGCUGCCUAUUUAUUAGCUAACAUUGAAAUUAAGGGUUCUAUUAAAUCAUGUUGCUCAAGAAAAGAAAUAACAUUUUAUAUUUCACCUAUAAAAAAUACAUUGAUAUUAACUUUUGUAAACAUUUUGCUCCACAACUGAAUCCUGUUUCCUGAUAGGAUUCCGUUCCCCGGUGGGAUCCUGUUAUCAUAUGGGAGACCCAUUUCCAAAUGGCAUCCCUUUUCCUGGUGGAAUGCCGUUGCCAGUGAAAUCCCAUUCACACGCACACAUACACACAUACACACACACCAGAAACUUGUGACAAAUGACUUUUCUUCUUAAUUGUAUUUGAAAUAUUAAAAUGCAAAUUUCAGUAUCCCUAAGAUGGGGAGCCCCAUAAAAACAAUCCAGAAAUACUUAGUGGGGUUAUAAUUUAGAAGUUGUCCCUUUAAAAUUGGUUGGAAAAUGCUGAAGAUAUAGCCUUUGAAAUUAUCAAAAUUUUUGGAAAAUUCCAGACCGGCCCCUAAUGGAGUGGACACUAUUAGGCUAAUUUUAAAUCACCUAUAUUUCAUUAUGGACAAUUAUUGCUACUAAGCAUGGUUUAUGGACGAUGAAGACUAUUGCUACUAAGCAUGGCAUAGAUCGAUCGAUCUAAAAUGGGAUAUUUUGUAUGGUUAGAUCCCCCACCCCCAGUAUUUCAUUCUGGAUAAUGAUGUAUAUAUGUGCCAAGUUUGGUCAAGAUCCAUCAGUCCAUGUAGAAACAUAUAAGGAAGAAAUCCUCAAACUAACAAAUUUUCACUCUUAUAAAUAUAUAAAUCGGCCUCAUCUGAGAUACUUAGACAUAUGCAAAAGAGACAUGAAGUCUGCCAACAUCGGGAUCUCAAACUAGGAGGACCUGGCAGAGGAUUGAUCCUUAUGGCGGGACAUCGUGAAGGCAGGAUCACUACAUGCUGAGGAGCAAAACAGGGCGGAAACAGCUGCAAAAAGAGCGAGGAGGAAGGCCAGUAAAUACUGCUCCACCGCAUUCGUGUGUGGGAAAUGCAACAGAGACUGCCACUCGAGGAUUGGUCUCACUAGCCACACCAAGAGCUGCAAGCAAUAAAGAUAAUCUAUCGUCUCCCGCAGACGGAAAGAUGCCAUACAUACAUAUUAUAUAUAUAUAUGUGAUUAUAACUGAGAUGUUAAUUGCUGUUAAUUUUCAUCAUCCCACAGCAGAGUCCAACCUCUCCUAAAAAUUUAAACCCAUCAGCACCUGUGUUCCAUCAGACUCAGUCAGGAGAUAGAUCUCCAUCUGAGGUUAACUUUGUUGGACAGGAGGCAGGAUCUCAAGGUAAGCUAAUUCAUCUCAUGCACACAUACACAAAUAUAUUUACUUGGCAAUAAAUGAGAGUAGUCCCCCAAAUUUAUUAUUAUUCAGUUUAAAUUGUUAGCUACUACAUUUAUGACAUGUAGAAAUAUUUGUUAAAAAUGUGUUUUGAUUGUAAAAUUGUGUGCAGUUAAAUUUCUCUCACUCAAUAGUUUACUAUUACCAGCUUGUAAGGAACAUUUGUGUUGGGAUUCAUAAAAUGGCUUUGUAAUAUCGGGUGUUGUAAAUGCAGUUUUUUUAUUUUGCUUUUGCAGGUCUGUUGACCAAUGGAGAUAUCCAACAAAAUGGCCCUUCUUUCAUCGUGCCAAUGGGUGGGAGUUCUGCAAGCCUGCUCAGAGGAGCAGCUCCCCAACCACAAGGUCCCCAUCAGAUGUCGGGCCUUGGGGUCCAGGGCACAGCGCAGGUGGGACAUAACAUGGCCACACAACCGUUGCUAGCAUCUGGCGGUCAGUCCAACCAACAGCAGCAUAUGGUUGCUGUGGUAUCACAACAGGGGUCGUUCUCUAUAAAUGUAUCUGACAGUAUGCGACAGGCGCAAUCACAAGCCAGGGCUUCAUCGGGUCAAGGACCUUCCUCUAUAGGUACGUACUGCGCCUGAUUAUACUAUUUUAAAACUUAUUUAAUUGAAUCUGUUGCCUGACAAUAGUUCAAAGGCUAUUUAAUUGUAAUGCUAAAAGUUGUGUGCUUUUGCCCUCUUGUGUUGAUGAAAUUAAAGGUUAUGUUUUUCUUAAAGUUUUACCUAUUUUUUUUUAUGAACCUAUGAAACAACCCAAGCUUAUCCAAUAAAAUAUGCUCAUCAUUUUACUUCUGUUACAACUGUUCAUAAAUUUCAAAGAAUUUUUACAUUGUAAAUAGCAAAGGCUAACCAAUUAUUAGUUUUAUUUGCCUUUAUACUAAUGAUCUGGCUUAGCAGGCAAUGUUAUAUCCCAUGCUGUGCUGUUUAAAUUUAUUUAUUUAUUUUUGUUCCUUUUUUGGGAAGUAAUUUUCUUUAAUAUCUAAAUAUAGAUCCACUUUUAACUCUUAUGAAUAUCCAUUAUGAGAAUCUUAGAAAUAUAUUAGAUACUCACAUUACUGAUUGUCUAAGAUGGGAAACGUUUUAUUGAAGGUGAAUAACUCUGAUGAUUUUACUACCAAUAAUUGAUGUAUUCAGCAUGUGCAUUCAUACUGAUCAGAAGCUGAAGAGAAAAAUCCUACCAUUUAUACAUGUGGCAAUAAUUGAUAAUCAUCAUCACCAUCAGGUGCUCAAACCAUCUUAGCUUUAUCAUUGUUUUGUUCAAUUGUGCAUAUUUUUCACCUAUCCUUGUUUAUUAGGUAAAUUUGAACUUAACGUAUAAAUAUGAAAGCGUAUCUGAAUGUUUCAUGUAUUGGAAAUCUCCUAGUUUAGAAGACAUCAGGGUAAUUGGAAUAAUCAAUCUAUUUGUGAAGAAAUCAUGUGAAAAGAAUUCAUUCUCUUACAUGUUUAAAAGUUGUAAAAUUAUGAUGACUCUAAUUUGGAAAUAUGUCUAUUAAUUUUCAAAGGUAAUGGUAGUGGUGAACCAGGUGAUAUUCAAGCUACCCAAAACAUUACUGUGGUUAGUCAGUCAGCUGGUGGAGAGGAGGAAGCAGAAGGAGGUGACCUAGAUCAAGGAGCCGUUGGUGGAGAAGGUAGGACCACACAAACACACACACAAAAGCCCCCCCCCCCCCCCCCCUCUAAAGCUAAGACAAAUUUGUCCCAACUUAUUUGAAAAAAUGUAUCUUUGAAUAAGUUAAAAUUAUUCUUUUUUUAUUAUGGUUAAUGGUUCAGUAGUUUUGGUCUCACAAGGCAGAGAAAUAAUUAUUAAUUAAAAAAAUGAAAUAAAAUACAUAACAUACAUUUUCAAAAUAAGAUUUAAUUACAUUUUACAUUUGUUACUUUUUUUUUUAACCAUAGACUCAAUUAAAUUAUUUUCAGUGCUUAAACAGGUCCUAAUUGCAUCUUGACAAGCACUUUUAUAUUUUUUUCUGCCAGUUAUGUUAAUCAAUAAAAGGUUUUCCCCCUCAGGAGCGAAAUAUCCAGAUGCUGUGCUGGAGCCUAUAAGGAAACAGAUGCAGUUUUAUUUUUCUGCGUGAGUAAAUUAAGUUUUUUUUAAGUCUCCGAAAAUAAAUAUUUUGCCAAUUUCUAUUGAGCAAUUAUGGUUUUGCCAAAUAUAGUUAUUUAACCUAGCAGGUGAAAAAGACCUUAACAGAGUUAACAGUUUUUUUACUCAUCAAUUAUAUUACCUUUAACUUCUUGUUUAUUUUUAAAGAUUCAAAUAAUUUAAAUAAAUGUAAAUGUAGUUUUUACCUAAUUGAGAUAAUUGUUCAACGUGGCCAUGAAUUUAUUUCCACAUUUUAAUUUCAAAUUCAAAGUUUCACAAAACUAAAUGACAAAAACUAAUAAUUAAAACAUAUUUGCAGAGAAAAUUUGCCAAAUGACAAAUUUCUUAACUCCAAAAUGGAUCCAGACAAGUAUAUUCCCCUCAGUAUUUUUCUGGACUUUGGCCGCAUCAAACCCAUUUGUAGCAACUAUGAACAGCUGGCACAAGCAGUAGAGUGUAAGUAGCUCACCAUGAUAUUUAAUUUUUCCAAUUUAAAUUUUUAAGUACAAGCAAAGAAUGGGGGGGGACCUAAUUGGACCCACCCCUAAGCAUAUCCAAGAGGAGUGGGAUAAUAAAAAGGAAUUUCAAACCCAAUUGGUAUAAAACUGUUCUAAUCAUAAAGUAAGUGUGUGCCAGAAAGUAAACAAUUUCUUUUUAUACUAAACACUUGUCUAGUCCUAAAAACUAAUGAAUUUUACAUUCGUCUUUCUUUUUAAAAAAAAAAUUUCUCAAUGGAUGUGCUGUGCGUUUGUAAAUGUUUGUUUUUAUGAGCCAGGGCAGUAAACUUUCAUAUUUUUGUCAUCAGCAAGCUCCAUCUUGGAAUUGAAUGACACUAGAACAAAAGUGCGAGUUUCACAAUGCAGGAAAACUUUGACUUUACGAGGCUUUCCAUCAACCGCUGUUGAAGAGGUACUUAUCCUGAGUCGACAACAUUAGUGAAACUAUCUAAAUACUUGUUGACAAUGUUGUGGAAAGAUCUGAAAAAAUAAAUCUAUUAUAUUGUUUGAUAAUGUUGUUGAAAAGCCAUGAGAAUAAACCUGUUAUAAUUGAGGACUAAUGUUGGUGAAAAGAUCUGAAACUAAAUCUGUCACAUUUGAUGACAUUAUUGAGCAAUGACCUGAAAUAAAUCUAUAACCCAAAUUUAUUUCUAUAAGGAUGUUCGUCAAUUUAUCCUUGAUAUGGGUGCCCCUACUCCAACUCAUAUCGAGUUUGUAAUGGUCAAAGACAAGUUAUCCACCUGGUAUGUGAGCUUCAAGGAUGAGUCCAUUGCAUUGAACAGUUUCUUCAUGCUGCACAACACAAAGGCUGAUUACAAAGGCUUUCCAAUUGGGGUAAGAUCAUCUAAUUAUAUAACUAGCGAUUACAAUAAACAUUUGGGUUCAAUGCUGAAUUUAGUUGUCACAUUAUUUUUAAUCUAUGCAUCAUGCAUUGUUUAUUCUUAUUGCAAGCCCAGUGGUGCAUGGAAUCCUUGCCAGCAAUCUUUAUAUAGUUAUUGUUGAUUUUGGGGAGGUGUGGGGCAUCAUUUUCACAGUAGGUAUGAAAUAGUCAAUCAUUUCUAUCAUGACCUGACUUUCAGCAACUUGCAAAAUUUUCCAAGGCUGCAUGUACCUCAUCUCCAAACAAUUCAACUUUCAAUUUAAAAAAAAAAAAUAUCAUUGUAGCUAAUCAACCUUUUUUUCCACAGUGCUGUAUAAAGUCUUCUGGAACUAUGGCUGCUGCUGGCUAUUUUCCUUCAUCUGAAGAGUCUAACCAAAGAAGACUAGCACAUCAGAAUCAGGUGGCAGUGUCGGCAGUGAAUCCAUCUACUGUGCCAACGGUACAGAACACCAUGGCUCAGCCCCAACAGCCACCCACUUUGAUGCAACAGUAUGGUGCUAUGCAGUUCCACCAUCACCCAAUCAUGUCAGGAUCUCCUGGAAUUUUUUAUCAACAGGUAUCUUGGUUUUUUUUCUUGCUCUUCUAGCUAAUUUGAGUUUAUCUUGAUUGUCUUGUUCUUAAUAUGUCAAAUUGCAGAUUACAAUAAAUGGUGGUAUAGUCACGAUUUGUGGGUUUAAAAUGCCAUACACUGGGAUAGCAAGUAUUUUGGGGUAUAAUUGCUAUAAGGUGUAUUGCAAGGAUUAUAAAAGUUCUUCUGUCUGGUAUUUUUAUAUUUAUUUGUUACACAAAAUUGUUUAUAAAGUACAGAACUUAAUUUGCAAUUUGACAUUUGCUUGUAUUUUGCUCCCCAGAACUUAAGUAAUCUUCCAAGCUAAUACCUGUUAACUUUUCUUUAUCACUUAUGCUGAUUUGCUUUUAUGGUUGCCAAUUGCUUCUUUACGACUUAUUAAAUACCUGGGAAUCCAGUUUUUUUUAGUUUUUUUUUAAAUUUAUUUAUUUAUUUUUUUACCAGACACCAACAGCUUCUUACAUGCCAUACAAUUGUAUGAUAACCCCUAGUUGGCCAGGACCUGCCCCAGCUAUGGAACCAGGAAUAGUGAGUAUUGAGGCCAUCUGUAUGGCGUACAGGCAAAGACGAGCAGCCAGCCAGCAGGUAGAACCAAUCUAGCAUGACACACACCACAAAGCAGCAUGGUGUGUUUUGCUGCUGUAAUCAUGCCACUCUAAUCAUUCUACCCCAUCAAGAAACUACUAGUAAGGUCAACACUAAAUAAACAUGGACCGUGAAUCAGUUCAUUUGAAAUCUUAAAAGGAUAGAAAUGUAAUGAAAUCCUUUAAACUUCUUCAAAAUGAUCUAAUUCAGUAUAAAUUUGGGGGAAAAAACUCACUCCCUAAACUGAUAGUGAAACUUUCUCUUGGCAAAAUUUUUGUAUUAUUGGCUGUGUUAGAUAGUUUAUGUGUGUUGUAUUUUUUAAACAACAUGAAAAGGGGCUUAGAAGAGAUAAAUGCUAAGUACCUAUAGCCCUAUUUUUUUAGUCUCAAAAUUAAUAUAAAAACAAGGCAGUUUUGCAAAAGCUUUUGCAGGAAUACUUUUUGUUAGCAGUUAUAUAGUUUUAUCAUUUAGUGGGUUUUAUUAUGUCCUAGAUUCUUUGGUUAAUCAACUAAUAAGUGUCAAAAUGAGAAUUAAGUAAGGCUGAAAACACAUUUUAGUACAAAUUAUUUAAGCAUGGGCUUAUGAAUCAAUAAAAUUCUUUAGUUGGUUGUAUAGAUUGUUCAUGGAAAUGGCUUUUCCAAUGUCCAGGUUGUCCAAACUGGACUGAAUACCAGCAAAAAUAAAUAAAAGAUAUCAAGAGAAAAAAAACAUAACUAUCAAAUUUAGUCUAAUCUUAAUUUACAAAAUAUAAAAAUCUCACAAACUUUUUAAAAUUUAACCAUACUCCCUCUGCACUAUUUUCAUGUCAUAAAAUCUUUUACAGUUUCAUGAAGAAUAAUGUAUAUUUGAGAGGAAAUAUAGAUAGCAAAUCUAAAUGAAAAAACAGACAGAAAAAUUUAAUUUAUUGAAUGUUAGUCAGUAUUCAUAUAUCUCAAAAUUUAAUUUUUAAAAAAAGAUGCAGAUCUGAAAUUUUUACUCUUAAUCUACAUUUUACACAGAAAUUUCUCUAGUUCUUAUUUAAGAAUAAAAUCACCUACUUUAAUAUUUGAUAAAAGCUUUGAGGGGGCAAAUGGGAAAAUUAUUUAUUUUUAAAUAAAUAUUUUGUUCUUAUUUAAUUUAAAAUUCAAUGCUUAUGUAAUAAUUAAACUACCGGUACAUUUGAAUGUUUUUAAUUGAAACAACUGGUUACUAUCAUUAAAAAACAACAACACUUAAACUGGAAGAGGAAUUAAAUAUUAUAUAUCUCUAAUGUUGCUAUUAGGCUUAGGCAUUAAUGAAUAUACCAUGCAUUUACUACUUAUGGAUACACAUGAGACUUACAAAUGUAUUGCCAUUUCAUUGUCACUCUGUGGAGAGAAGAAAAUCAGUCAGUAAAUGUGUAUACUCAAAACAUAAUUUUUAAAAAUUAAAUUAACUUUCUUAGCUUUUCAAAUCAAGCUAUUGAAUUUGGAACUAUUAAAUCAUAUUGGUCAAUGCAUGUUUGCAGUGGUGAAAUCAUUGGCAGGAAAGACUAUUUACACAACUGUGCAAUUGUGUUCAAUCCCUUUGUUUGUUUUUUUUUUAAAUUUAAAUCAUACUAUUGACAUUCAAAACUUAAUAAAUAAGCAUUACCAGGUAUAAAUACAAAUGUAUAGCCUUCCUUAGAUCAGAAGAUGUAUGCAUUGUUAUCUUUAUUGCAAUAGUGUAAGCUUAGAAUCAUUUGAUUGGAACAGUUUCACAGGACAUGGCUAGCUCACAUAUUUAGCCAUAAAAUUUAAAAUUUCAAGAUUUAAAAAAAUAAUAAGCACCUGAAGCUUGUGGUUUGUGGUAUCUUCUGAAAAUGAUAUAUUGGAAUAGCUGCAAUUCAGCUUUAUACUUAUCUCUUGUAACAAAGAACUGAUAUUCAAUGAGCAAAUAAAAAUAUUUUUUCUGUGUGAUUAUAAGUAUUGGGUAAAUUUUCAUGCAAGGGAGAGGGCAGUUGCAUUGGACACUAUAUCAUAAAUAUCAACUUUUAUGCCAGAUCAUAUUUAGCAUACAUAAUGAACAGCUAUAGUUUGAAAACAUGUUAUAUUUAUGUAUAGAACCAUUAAGUUUUUGUACCGGUACUUAACAACAAAAAAUUGAGCAGGCAGCAUAAAAAAAUAGAUCAAGCUGCAACUUAAAGUUGAUCAGCAAAAGCGCUAAAUGCACUAAUCGUACAAAACACAAACUUACUUUAAUACUUAAUUGUUUCUAAAAGAAAAGACUGAAUGUGUAAGAACUAAAACAGCCAUUAUCAAUGUAUUCCAACAAAAAUUUGUGCCAAGAUUGUAAGUUAUGCGUUGAUUAUUUUUAAAGGUACUAAAAUAAUAAAAAUCACCAGACCUAGCCUGCUUUGUGUGUGUGUGCUUCUGAUUGCUGCUGCCCAUCUACCAACUGAUAAUAGUGUUAAUUGGUUGUUAAAACAUUUUUUUAUACUUUCUCUUUUAACAAGCAUGUGAACAAAGUAAGUAGAAUAUUUAAUUAUGAAAUGAUAAGUACCUUGGAGGGAAAUACAUGUAUAUUUAAUUCCUGUGAUCUGUUUGAGGGGAUUGUAACUUUCCCAGCUGUCAAUUACAUGAAGGGGAAGAAGAAGAAAAAUCCCAUUUCAGUUUUAUUUGUUCAAUAGUUCACUUUGCAUCAAGGAUAAAAAAUUUUGAAAAUCUACCUGAUUUCUUUUUCUUGGUUUGUUUUCUGCACACUUUGCAUGAAGACUAGCUAUGAACUGGCAUUUUUAAUUAUAUAUAAUUUUUAAACCAAAAAAAUGUUAUAUUUGUGAACAUUUAACAAAAAAAUUGCAAAUUAUUUUAACAGCUUUGCUGGAAUUUUCAAUUUUAAAGAUUUUAAUGGAAAUUAAAUUAGAAAUGAAAGCUAUUAUGAAAAUAGAUUCUUGAAGAAACAUUUUUAUUGUCUCACCCCAAGAGAUGGUUGAAUGAUAAAGCAGGCUGAGACAUCUGAUUUUAUUUGUUUUAUUAAAGUCUUUCUAAAAUGUGGUUUCAAUUUCAGUCAUUGGCAGCAUAACAGUAAAGAUUUUCCAAAUUUUAAAAAAAAAACAUUUAAAUAGUUGAUUUUGGGUCUUUGUUUUACAUUUUUGACAGUUUGUCUAAAGGGGGCUAAUUUUAUUUAAAUUUUGUCUUUUUUGUAACAGAUAAUGCAAAAUAAUGGUCUUCAGCCCCAGCACAUUCGUGCAAAUGUGGCUGGUAGGCAACAUAUCAUUUCUUCAACUGGAGGAAGCCCUCACCGCUUCAAUAGGUAUAUUUUAAUUUCUCAUAAUCUUUGAUCCCCUUAUAGUAAGCAGCAGCCUGUGUUGACCAAAUAUGGUUUACAAAUAGCUUUGAGAGUUGUGAGGGGUAUUUUUACCUACACAUGAGCAUACUAUAAUCCUUGUCUAAUCUAAUGGUAUUAAUUUGCUAGGAUACUGGUCCUCACUAGACACCACUAAUUCUUUAAUAUUUGUUAAUUAUAUGUAUGAUUAAUUUUAGUAUAAGGCAGUAUGGAUAAAAGUUUGAAAACCACCAAGGUAAUAAAAUCACCUCCUGAGGGGUAAAUGGCAAACCCAGCAAGUUUACCAUUGUAACAUCCUUUUCAGCACCAAACCAACUAACUUUCUUGUUAAUCUAAUCUCUGUAUUCCCACUGGCAAUCUAAUCUCUGUAUUCCCACUGAAUAUAUUUUUUCCAGAAGUAUGCAUUUACUUUUUUUUGUAUGUCUUAAUAAUCAAAGUUACAUAAUUGAAAGGCUAUUUAUGUCCAUCAUCAAUAGAAGGUGGGGUUACCACUUGCUGUAAUUUUCAAACACUUUUUUAAUCCAACAGGCCACAGCGCUCUAACAGACAGACUAUAGAGCGGAGUACAUCAGAGAGGCCUCCUGUAGUGUCUGUUUCGAGUGCAUCAUCCAGAGCUAGUCCACGUAGUGCUGAUGGUAAUGUAAAUACCAGUGUCGUCCAGCAGACUGGGGGUUAUGUGCAACGUCGCUCCAGAGAUGAGGUGGCUCAGGUGAUGGCCCCACAGCAGAUGAUACAAUCCCCCCACCAGUUUGUGACACCCAUGGUGACACAACAUCAACAGCAACAUGCUGCAACAGCGGUAACUGCAACAACUGCUAUAGUUAAUCCAACAGCACUUGAGGCCAGUAUACAACACUUUCAACCAGCUCAACCUCAACAACAGCAGCACCAGCAACCAAUGAUGGUGCAAGCUGGGAUCUCUGUGCCCACUACUGCCCCUCCUCUACCAACACCACAGACAAGCAACCCACCUCCUCUGACCCAGCAACAAAUACAUCACCAUCAACCCCCACCCCCUAUUCCUCCCAUGCACCAUCAUCAACAGCCACCCCAGCCAACCCACCAUCCCCAACAACAUCACCACCACCAACAGCAAACUCACCAUCCUCCUCAGCACACAAGCAACCAACAUCCCCACCACCAACCUCCUCCGCCGACUCCCCAGACACAUCAACAUCAGCAGCCGCCCCAUGCUGGUCACCAUCAACAGCAUCAUCAUCCCCACCCUCACAGUAUGAUGCCACCUCCCCACCAGCAACAGCAUCACCAGAUGCCUCCCCCACCACCUUCCCAUCAGCAGCAUCAUCAGCAGCAUCAGCAACCACCACCCAGUAAUCGACCUGAAAGGUAAAUAUUUAUUAAUUUGUUACUUGUUUUUUAAAUAUUUUUGUGUGUGUUGAACUGUGAUAUUUUUCUAAGUGCCAUGAUAUGUGCAUUCAUUGGCGAAUGCUUUGAAUUCUAUCACUCAGUCCUUCUUAGAACAGUGCAAAGCUUUAAGGGCUAGAAUCAGAUGUAACAAGUUGUGAGAGUUGAAUUCUCUGAGUUAUAUUGGUUUUAUGCACUUAGCAUAAAGCAUCUAAUUACUUUAUGUUAAUCACUUUUCCUUAUCUAUAACACAACUAUUUGCAACUUGAUCAAUGCUUUUUUUCCCUUAUUCUUUCCACUUAGAAGAAAUAGGAGAAACAGACGAGAUGAGAAUGUUCGAAAUCAAGUAAGUCAGCCGAUAAUGAUGUAUAGUAUAUUUAACAUAAUUUACAAAAAGGCCAAAUGUUUUAUCUACACUUUUUGGGAAUAGACUAAUUUUAAUAAAUAUUAUAGUUACUUUUAAGUCAAUGGAUAACAAUUAAAGGGGGAAAAUAACAUUUUGAAAUAAAAAAAGAAGCAAUCUAUUUUUAAUAAUCUUUGCAAGAUGAGUAGAUGUUGAAAAAUAAAAAAAAAAAUUAUGUCUUGUCUAAUUUAGCGAGGUGGUGAGCGUAACCAGUCUAAUAGAGCCAAUUUUAGCUCACAGCAACCUGCUGCUGCUGAUAAUUUCACGAUGGAGGCCAACUCUUUUCCACCUUUACCUGGUGCAGCAGUAAGUUUUUGCUUUGUAAUUGUUGUCACUUAACCUUGUAUUGAAGAUUUUCUAGGAAUUGGCCAUUGUGUGGAAUAGAACUUAAGAGAGGGACCCAGUGAUAGGAUUUUUCCAGUAUAUUUGUUUUUCAAUUAAAUUUUAUACAAUAACAUUAUCUUUUUAUUUUUAAUGUCAUAAAUUUGGCUUGGUUAAACGAGUUUAUAGCUCAUGCAAAGAAACUACGGCAAAUAGAAAAGAUGUUGUGAUGGUACCAAAUAGAGCCUGAAAAAAAAAGUGUCUGACAAAAAUGUUUUAAUAAGUGGACUAAAUGCAUGAAUUCCACUUUUAUUCACUUCAACAGAGAUCUGCAGCUCUAUUUAAAGUAAGCAUAGUUGUUUUAAUUAUUGAUUAUUGUUCAUGGUCCUGUUGUGAAUAUCUAGAACAUUUACUUUUCAUUUUAUAAACAUGAGAAAUUUUAAUAUCAAGCUUGGCCAUCACAUCUAGGAUAUAUGAAAGAGCAAAUGGGGUAAUAAAUAGUUUAAAUAUUACCAUUUCAACAUGUUCAAUUUAUAUUAGACAUCAUUUUAAACAAUAAAAAAAUUGCUAUUUUUUUUUUUUAACUUACAGAAUAGCAUCACCAACUCUGAGGUCCCUUUAGAGAACAGAAUGUCGGAUGUUGUGAGGGGAAAGCCUCGUCCUACAGGCUCAGUCAGCUCUGGCACCCCACGAGCUGCCUCUUCUACACCUAGCCCGGUGGCCACUCCUGCACCUCCCAGUGUGGCAUCUGUACCAACAGCUCAUCAUGGUGUAACCUCGGCUGCUGCUGAAACGCAUGGUGGAGAUGAUGGAGAUUCUGCUGUCGAUGAUGAUGCCACCUCUUCCUCACAAGAGGAAGUGGAUACUGAUGGUACCUCUACCGACACCAGGUCACUUCGGUCAGAAACCCCUUCUAUCAUUUCUCCAUCAGAGCCGUCAGCAGUUCCUGUACUAUCAAGGUAUCUUAGAUUGUUUUAGUGUUAAACUGUCAUUGCCUUUCAUAUAAUCUGACAUUCACUAAAUAUUUGUCAAUUAAUACUGAUUUUUUUUUUACAUAUAUUUUCAGUGCCUAAGAUUAUAUAGAGGCAAAAAAAAAAAUUCAUAUUUUAACAUUUUUAUGGAUGCAAAGACACACACGUGUCUGGCAGCCAAAUGAGAUAUUUCACACAACCACCUAUUUCAGUUUAUCAACAAUGCAACUAAACAGAGCCACUGUAAACCCUUGUUAAAAAUUAUAUCAAUGCUUUUUCUACCCCUUUUGUCACAGGGUAGUGAAUAUAAUCUUAAGUUCAGCUCGAUGAAAUAAUUACUGCACAAAAACAUACAGAGGCGGAAGGUGGACUUCAAGUUGUCACUAGGCUAAAUGUUAAUAAAUACACACCCAUAUGCAAAAUAUGCUGAAUUAAAAAUGCCCUCAAUGAGUACUUAAUACAUGCAUGACCCCCCCAACUAACCACUGUUAAUUUAAAGAUCAGUUUGUGUAAAGAUAAAAUUUAAUUUUUUACAUUUUUUUUAGAACUUAACUCUUUCUUUCCGGAAGUAAUUUCCGCGUUCUGAUGGAAUUAUCCAUUUUGCCUAUUUGUUACGCACUACUCUAAACCAUCAUAACUAUUUUGUUUUUCAAGUCUGGUAUGGAAUUAAAGGGGAAUGCAUGCUCUUUGCAAGCAAUACAAGCUUUAAAUUUUAAUAUAUAAAUGUAAUUAUGAUUUAAGGAAAAUAAAAAUUUAAAAAACAACUCACCAACUGUUCACAAAACGCUCAUUCCAAAUCACACAAAGAGAAAUAUAUAAUCCAAUGUGUAACAAAAAUGUUUUUUUUUUCUGAACUAUAUCCAUAUGUGCAUCACAAAUAAUAAAGAUCAACUUAAAAAAAAAGAAAAAUAUUAAACACCAGAGCACAUCCAUGUCACCGUCAUACAAACUAUUUCCGGAAAAAACUAUUUCCACUGGAAACAAUCUGUUGCUAUUAGAAAAUAUUUGCAUUGUAUCCUUGUAUGUACUAACAUUUAGAUGGUAAAAGGAAAUAUGACAAAUUAGUCAUACCUUUUCAUCUGGGUUUAGCUAUGGUAAGGCUGAAAACAGUCCAUAUGGAUAUGCGGACAUGACUCACAUUGACUCGUAAACCGGUACAUUUUGUCCUGUUCUAUGUUUGCACACUGUCAUUUUUUAAGCUAAUAGGCCCAUGUUUUGCUCUAAUAAGUCUUGUUGGAGUGUUGAUUUUAAUUCUGUAGGAAGCAUACUCAUUUAUUGAGAGUACAAGCUUGUGAAUAAUAUGUGUGUCUAACAAAGUAAAAAAAAAACAAAAAAAAACAGUCAAUGUCAUUUGACUUACUAGUCACAAUACAAGUUCCAAAUUUACACCUAUAUUUUUCAAAAGAUAAAAAUCUGAAAUUGCACUCAGUUUUAGUGCUAAGAUCAGCAGCUUUCCUUUUAGAAUCUACAUUAUUUAUAUUAGGAACAGUAUUAGCUCUUCUAGAAAGCACUUUAGCUGGGGCAUGUCUGUUUGUUCAUCAGCUGAUGAAUUACCAAUUUCAUUAUUUCGUCACUAGUGCUACUAAAUACUAGUACUAAUAUUAUAAUUAUACAAUUCAUCAGAAUCGGUUUCACAUUCAAAAUCAUAAAAUCACUGUCUGAAUCGUCAUCAGAGUAAUAAUAUAUUAACCUUUAUUAGAUCAAUCACCAGAUGGGUCAGGGCAUGAUUUCAUGUUUGUAAACAAAACAAUCAAAACAACCGCUUCAAACACUUUGUUCUAUGUAAAAAAAAAUAGUUCAAAAAGAGCAAUACCGGAUGUUUUUCAAAGGGAAAUCAUUCCAGAUUUUAUUUAAAAUAACUAAAAACCAAUAGUUUUGAAAAUAACGAAAUAAACAAAUUUUUAUACAUCGUCGAUGGAUCAGCCAGAAACCUUGGUUAAAAUCGACAAUGGGAGCGUUGUUCCGGAGAGAAAGAGUUAAUUCUUAUAUAUAGUUAGAUGGGAUUCGUUAACAUGUUUUUGUGAAGAGGAAUAUUUCUUUGAAUAUGACAUUAUUAGUCCACCAAAAUCUCAACAAACUGAUUUAUAAACUAAAAAUGUCAUCAUUGCUGGUCAAGGGAUUAGCGGAAAGUGACCAGUGAAAUAUCCUCAUCAAUACCAGGCACAGAAAAAUCGCAAAUCCCCUCUACAUGCAUAUAGCCAAAAUGAUCAAUAAAUUGAUCGUGGGCCCUUAAUAUAUAGAAGACGAAGAUUGUGAUUUCAUAAUUUAAAGGAGUUUUCUAGUUCUUAGUUUUCUAGCUUUGAUUUUAAAACUUUAGUUUUCUAAAGAUUUAUACUUAAUAGUAAACAAAGACAUACAUUUUUAGGAAAGUAUAUAAUUUGUACCAAAAUUUUUCAGGUCUCAGAAAACGAGCACCCCAGUAGCCGCACCUGCAACAGUGUUGGCCCAGAGACAGGGAGAAAAUAAGCAAAGUCACAAUCAAGGUGCUACUAGGUCUCAGCAAUCUACAGCUCCACCUCAACAGCCAGCAUUGGUCUCACAAGCAUCAUCUGUGGCCACAUCUGGACCUGUAUGUCUCUUUUUUUUUACCUUCGCAGUAAUGAAUAGAUUACAAAGGUUUUAACUAGGGUUUUUUGGCAGUGGAUUGUUGAUGACUAAUGGAUUAGCUGAGAUUAUUUAUAAUAGGUCUAGAGAUAGAUUUUAAAAACUGAAAAUAUGCUGAACAUAAUCUCUAGGGCAAUAAAUCUUUUGUAGAAAACUUGACUGCCAGUCAUUAACAUGCCCUGAACCUUGUUGAAGCUAAACAAUUUUUUUCCAGCUUAGUUUGGUAUUUUGAUAUUAAAAGACAUUCGGAUCAAAUACGUAAAACUGUAAAUUAAAUUGUAAAACAUACAUGUUAUAAAAUCCUUAGUAUAAUAUAUAUUUUUUUGUUGUUUAGAUAUUUCUAUUUUUUUUUUUUUUAAUUUAUCUGACACAAUGUGUUGAAUUUCCCAUACUUUGUUAGUGCAGCAGAUGCAAGGUCUUAGGUGGAGUCUGCAGGACAUCUUGCAUCUAAACUAAGAAAGUGGCAUUUCUCCACUAUAUGUGAUGUAUUUAAAAUAAUAAUUUGAAAAAUGUUUUUUCAUGGUUGUAAAUUUCUUUUGUUUUUCCCUCAGCUGGAUGCUCCAAAACUUUCAUAUGCCCAAAUGGUUGCUCAGAAGAAUAGGGAAGCUGCCAAUGGUGCCAAUACAAGUGAUUAUACAAGUGGGUCAUCAAGCCCUAACCCAAACUCAGGGACCCCUAAUGGGCCUUCGUCUGCCCAAAAUAACAACACUGCCACAUCUAGUGGAACCAGAUCAUCCAACCAAUCAUCAAAUGCCUUCCGAGAACAGGGAAAUUACCAAAGUGGGCAGCAGCAAGGUUCGCGCUCAGCCCCUCGUGGGUCAUCAAAAGACAACUUGCCCCGCGCUGAUGGGCCACCUCCAUCCUCACGGCCACCAAACGGUAGCCGAAGGAACUCUAAGGAAAACCGGACCUCAAAUAAGUUCGACAGACGAAAACCUGAACCUCGUCCAAAGUGAUUCUAGUCUAUCUCACUCUUUAUAUUAGUAUGGAAGAAAAAAGUUAGUGAGAUAUCAUUUGCACUCCCACCCUACGUAUAUCCAAAGUAAAGGACGGUAUUUCCAGACUGUGUGAUACCCUCCAUAUAAACUAAUAAAAAAUUAAUUUUAAUAAAUUUUUUUGUCUCAUCCCCAUCGUAAUGAGUGACCAUCCUUAACAUGGCUUACUCAGAGUUUGUUUCUUCGGCCGCCAAUUUGUUAAGUGCUGAGAAAAAUGGAGAAGAUGAGGAUGACUGCUUCGGUGAUGUGAAAACUUUCAGUGCUUCAGCUUUUAGUGUGUUUCGAAUUGUUUCGAUAAAAAUUGUGUUUGAUGCAUGAUUCGCAACCAUUGGAUUAUUUAUGUACUACCUUCUUACACGUGAAGACAACACCUGGGAUUUUUGUCGGAGGGACAAAAGUGGGCAUGGCCCAUUCCAUGUGUGCUUUUUGUGAAUUGUUUGGAUUCAAAUGAUUUGGAUGCAUUUUUCAUGGAGUUACCUUUUGCGCAAAUGGGCAUUUAUUUUCAUUUAAGCCUCAUUUUGGACUUUGCUUAGUGUUUUACUUUUUGCUUUCCAAUUUUCUUUGAUGUCAGAAUAGUUUUGGCAAUAUGUAAAUAUAUCUGGGAAUCAGGCUCUAUUUUUAUAUGGUUGUUGCAGCAUCAUUUCUAUUUAUCAUUGAGAUUUUGCAAUGACAUUUAACUAAAUAUUCAUGUAAUUGUAAUCAGAACUUGAAAAACAUAGGUGAAGGUGUUGUGAGAGGUGCUGUCCAAAGAAGCUCAAAUGAAGUUUGUUGUAGUAAGCCGUCAAUGGAGAAGUUGUUUGUUUGUUGUUUUUUGUUUUGUUUUUAUUUUAAUGCAGGGCUCUAAAUUUGGUUAACAAAACUUAUUUGGUGGACUGAUACUUUCAUCUUUUUUAGAAUUCAUGUUUGCUUAAUGAAAGGGCAUGCCAGGGAUCCUGCUAAAUGUUGCCAUAUUGCUGAUUUAAAAAGGCAGAUUGUAAAUUAAGACAUCAAUAAAACAAGAAGAAAUUAUCUAGUUCAGGAUCUUUUCUACGGCUGCUACCGAUCACCCUAAGUGGCCAGUUGUUUGUACCAUUUUUAGCAUCCGUUUAAAAAAAAAGAAAUUUUCUCCAUGCCAGUGGCGGUCAAUUACCAUUUCUUUACUUGGCUAACUUAAUAGUGAUCAUCAAAAAAUAUAUAUACAUAAAUAUAAAGAUGUACUUUCAUGCUUCACCAGCUGUAAUGUUUUAUUUGUUUACAUCCACAAGGAAAUGCACUAUUUACACAUUUAAUGUUAAUAUGGUGCUUUUCCUUAAAUUAUCAAGUAUCUUUAUUUAUCUCAUUCAGUAUUAAUGCAACUGAAGCUUUAGCUAAUGUAAUGGUAUUAUUAGAUGUCACAUGACCAUUAACUUUAACAUUCAUCCUCUCAAAGAUGUUUCUCUUUUUGCUGAUAAAAUGUGUGAUUGUAAGAAACGAUUUGGACUGUAUGGUUACUUUUAAAGAAUCAUUUUAAUGACGCACACAUUUAAAAUUCACUAUUUAUAUUAAUGUGCUAAAUUUCAAAUGUCCACCUAAUUUGAUCAAAAUAGUUGUCUCCUAUCCAUUUUUCAGGGGAAAAAUAUGAUAUGGUUAAAAAAAAAUAGCAACAAGCAAAUAUUUUUUGUGUCAUGAAUAAAAAAACUAUUGCUUAUUGUGUGAGAUAAACUGGAAGAGAUACUUGUUAGUUUAUUUUUAAAAGUUAGUUUUGAUUUUAUUUAACGUAGUGCUUGCUUACGCUUUAACCCAUAUACUUCACUUUUUAAAAUGCACUUCAUAUGCAUGUUAAUAAUCCUGUAGAGAUGUUGAUGUUUGUUAUAAAUUACCUCUUUUUAUUAUUAAUAUUGCAUCCCAGUUUUCCCCAACUCCUUUUUAAGAUUAGUUUGAAGUUGUA